AGCGCGGACGUCGCGUGCGUCCGGGCGGUGCGUCGGGCUGCAGGAGAAGAUGGCGGUCUCCACAGGCGUGAAAGUUCCUCGUAAUUUUCGCCUGUUGGAAGAACUUGAAGAAGGACAAAAAGGAGUAGGCGACGGCACGGUUAGCUGGGGCCUGGAAGAUGACGAAGACAUGACACUGACGAGGUGGACAGGCAUGAUUAUUGGGCCACCAAGGACAAAUUAUGAAAACAGAAUAUAUAGCCUGAAAGUAGAAUGUGGACCUAAAUACCCAGAAGCACCUCCAUCAGUUAGAUUUGUAACCAAAAUUAAUAUGAAUGGAAUAAAUAAUUCCAGUGGAAUGGUGGAUGCACGGAGCAUACCAGUGUUAGCAAAAUGGCAAAAUUCAUACAGCAUUAAAGUUGUACUUCAAGAGCUAAGACGUCUAAUGAUGUCCAAAGAAAAUAUGAAGCUUCCACAGCCACCAGAAGGACAAACAUACAACAAUUAAUUUUAGUGGAUUUAAAACUUGUCUUAAAUCAACAACCUUCUAUUCAUGUUAAUGUCUGAUUAAAUAUCACAAUGCAAAAUACCCACACAUUAAGUAAGAUAAUUCCAGCUGGUAAACAUGACCUGGACAUCUGUAAGAGUAUAUUUAAUAUAUGUACACCCAUUAUGUUUUCAGGUAACAGGAGGAAAAUUCAGCACAGUUUUUUUUCUUGUUAAGGCACCGUCAUUUAAGCAUGAACCUGGAGUACUCAGAGUGGAACUCAGGUUUCCAGGUGGAAGAACAGCGAGAAGUGUCAGAUGGCUGUGCAAGCAGAUGUGUUUCUGAAGAGAAAGCCCAAGAAGGAAAACCCAGAAUGGCGUGCUCUUGCUUAGUGAAAGAGCUUCCGUUGAAAUUGUCUAAAGUAGCAGGUACAAUGAAUAUUGUCACAAAAUGUGUUCAUUUUUGAAGCAGUAUAGGUGCUGACUACUAGUAGUAUCAAAAAUACGUUCAGGAUUGUUUUGAUACCUGUAUUUAUAAUAAAAUUGUUGUGGGGAGGUGGACGGAUUUCCGUUACAAGCUGUUCCUGGGUGUUCCAUGUACCAGACGAGGUGAAGAGUUGUUUACAGUCUUUGUUGGACAAACCAUGCAUUUACAUUUAAGUGAAAUCAACAAAAAGGAAAUAGAUAUAUGGAUAUGUGAUUUUGAGAUUAACGUUAGUCUUAAAUUGUAAAUAAAAUGUGGAACGUGUCCUCAGAAA